AUGCCUCCCAAAGCUGGUCCCUCAAAAGGCAAUCCUCGCGGUGGUGUCACCGAUGAUCCUUUAGUAUGGAUCGAUUGUGAGAUGACGGGCUUGAACCCGGACACAGAAGAAGUCAUCGAAAUCUACUGCAUCUUAACAACAGGCAACAUGGAGCUCCUCGACGAAGAGGGCUUUCAUGCCGUUAUCCAUUUGCCAGAGUCACGGAUGAGCCAGAUGGACGACUGGUGCACAAAAACACAUGCUGGCUCAGGGCUGACUGCCGCCGUCCUUGCCUCCAAGUUGACACCAGAGGUUGCGGCGGAAGGUUUAUACGAAUACAUUACCAAGUUCAUCCCUGAACGGAAAAAGGCUCUGCUCGCGGGCAACAGUGUCUAUGCAGACCGAGGAUUUCUGCGCAAGGAGCCCUACACAAAGGUCAUGAAGCAUCUGCAUCAUCGCAUUUUAGAUGUAAGCGCAAUCAAGGAAGCCGCUAGACGAUGGUGCAGCGAAGACAUUCUCGCCAAUGUACCCGUCAAAAAGGCCAAGCACAAGGCACGAGAUGACAUUUUGGAAAGCAUUGAAGAGGCCAAGUACUAUCGAAAUGCAAUCUUCAAGCGAGAGGACUAUAUUGGUGAUCUUCCCACCUCUUUGUCGCCUCUUUUUCUCUCAAUCAAUCUCCUUGUUUUUCCUUCUAUUGUCUCUUUCCCUGCUCAGCACCGACACGCCACCAUGGACGUCAAGACUGUUGAGUUUAAGCCUUUCCAGGACCAGAAGCCUGGCACCUCUGGUCUUCGCAAGAAGGUCGUCACCUUCCAGCAGGCCCACUACAGCGAAUCGUUCGUCACCAGCAUCCUGCUCUCCAUCCCCGAAGGUGUUGAAGGAUCUUUCCUCGUCAUCGGCGGUGAUGGCCGCUACUGGAAUCCCGAGGUUAUCCAAUUGAUUGCCAAAAUCGGCGCUGCCUACGGCGUCAAGAAGCUCCUCAUCGGCCAGAACGGUAUUCUAUCUACCCCUGCUGCUAGCCAUGUCAUCCGCCUUCGCAAGGCUACAGGUGGUAUUCUUUUGACGGCCAGUCACAACCCUGGCGGUCCCAAGCAAGACUUCGGUAUCAAGUACAACCUGGCCAACGGUGGCCCCGCCCCCGAGUCCACGACGAACAAGAUUUUCGAGACCUCCAAGACCUUGACUUCCUACAAGCUCGCUUCUAUUCCCGAUGUUGAUAUUUCCACCAUUGGUACGAAGACUUACGGUGCUCUCGAGGUCGAGAUCAUUGAUAGCACUGCCGACUACGUCACCAUGCUCAAGGACAUUUUCGACUUUGACGUCAUCAAGAAGUUCUUUGCCUCCCACCCCGACUUCAAGGUGCUCUUUGACGGUCUUCACGGUGUCACCGGUCCCUACGGAACUGCCAUUUUCGAGAAGGAGCUCGGUCUCACUGGCGCCACCCAGAACUGCGUCCCCAGCCCCGACUUCAACGGCGGCCACCCCGACCCCAACCUAGUAUACGCUCACUCACUCGUUGAGGUCGUCGACAAGAACAACAUUCCUUUCGGUGCCGCCUCGGACGGUGACGGGGACCGCAACAUGAUUUACGGUGCCAACGCCUUUGUCUCGCCCGGUGACUCCUUGGCUAUCAUCGCCCACCACGCCAAACUUAUCCCCUACUUCCAGAAGAAUGGUGUCAACGGUCUUGCUCGCUCCAUGCCCACCUCUGGUGCUGUCGACCUUGUGGCCAAGGCUCAGGGUCUCGACUGCUAUGAGGUUCCCACCGGCUGGAAGUUCUUCUGCGCCCUCUUUGACGCCAGCAAGCUGUCCAUCUGCGGUGAGGAAAGUUUCGGUACUGGCAGCGACCACAUCCGUGAGAAGGAUGGUCUCUGGGCCGUCGUCGCCUGGCUCAACAUUAUUGCUGCUCUCGGUGUUCAGAACCCGGGGUCCACUCCCUCUAUCAAGCAGAUCCAGAAGGACUUCUGGGCGCAAUACGGCCGCACAUUCUUUACUCGCUACGAUUACGAAGAUGUCGACUCUGACGGUGCCAACAAGGUUAUCGGUGAGCUGAAGGCUCUGGUGGACGACCCCAACGUUGUCGGCAGCAAGAUUGGCGACCGCACUAUCACCGCUGCGGGCAACUUCUCUUACACUGACCUCGAUGGCUCUGUCUCAUCCAACCAGGGUCUGUACGCCACCUUUUCCUCUGGUAGCCGCAUUGUCGUUCGCCUCUCUGGUACAGGCUCUUCUGGCGCCACUAUUCGUCUUUAUCUCGAGCAGUACAGCAAGGACCCCGCCACGUACGACUUGGACGCCCAGGACUUCCUCAAGGCCGAGGUCAAGUUUGCCACCGAGCUUCUCAAGUUCAAGGAGCACGUCGGCCGUGACGAGCCUGAUGUCCGCACUUAA